CCUGCUGAAGCAGAAGCAUAUGCUUUAAACAUACAUGUAGGAAGCGAAGUUGAUGUUGAGACUGCUACCAAUAUAAUUGUACCUGACAAAAAUGAAGUGAGUAUACAUGAUCACGAGUAUACACCAACAAACCCUCAACAUUUAAAAGCUUCCCUUGAAGACUUGGAUGUUGUAAACCUGCAGUGAAAAAUAUACCUGCUUAAUUAAAUGAAACCAUCCAUAACAAUAGGAAACAUCAUGAUUAAAAGACCCUGGAAAGGAAAUGGAUGCCUCUAAGCUUUUGCUUAUCGCACUAGUGUUAGUAAUUUGCGGUGGCAUAUUUCACGCAAUCGGUUUGGCGCUACCAUAUUGGGUUAAUGCAGAUGUAUUAGGCAGAAAUAUACAUGCAGGCCUAUGGAAGACAUGCAGCGAUAUUACGGGAGAAAACAAAUGCAAGGACAUCACUCCUGUAGAAGAUUGGCUCAAAGCUGUUCGGGCAAUGGGAAUACUAGGCGUUCUGACCCUUGUGGUUGCUGCACUGAUGACAGUCUUAAAACUUUUCGUCAUGAAAGACAGAAAGCCGAUUUUCCAUGUUGCGAUAGGGACAUCUUUUGCUGGAGCUUUCUUCAUCAUAAUUUCGAUAGCAGUUUAUGCGGGCAAAAUCAAAGAUAUGUUCCCCCUAGUGGACUUCAAUUAUCACUUCGCCUUUGCCUUCAGCAUUAUAGGAAUGAUAGCCGCCAUAGCAGCUGGGGUCGCCAUGUUGGUGGAUAUGAAGCAAAAUUAGAAAUUAAUUAUGACACAUAUUAAUAAUAUAUUACUGUUUAUUUAUUACACAAUUACUGAUUACAUUUAAUAAAUGAAUGAAUAAUCA